UGCAUUGGAUGGUGUGUAAAAAUGAAACUGGACAAAUACUUUGGGAGGGAGGGAGUAUUUAUUUUCCAACUCCUUGCUUGAUUUUGACGUUUGUUUCAGCACCAGCCACCACAGCCGGCCGGAUAGCCCCCCUCGCCCCACCGGGUCACCGUCCGCAAGACGCCUCCUCCUCCUGCAGCGGCGGACUUCCAGGUUUCCCCACCUUAGCUAUCAGCGGUUCAGCGCGGCAGUAACACAGGUCCAUUACGACAUCAGCGGCUCAGAACCCGUGCUUCUCAGCCAGCCAAUGGAUCAAUUUGAACCAAUGGCGUGUAGUUCAGGGGUAAACCCAUGGUGAAAUUGGUGUUCCCAGGAAGAGGAGACCUGAAAAAUCUGAACUUGAAAUGCAGUACGAGAUAUUGGUGAAUUAGGGGCAAAAGGGGAGGAGAAACAAAUCUAUAGAGGGCGUGUGUUGAGAAAGUUUGAAUCUUUGAACUAAAGACCAAAUCUUUGAGUGGUUAGGACAAUGUCUUUUGGUUUCCAAACAGCUGCUUUGGUGGGUUCACCAUAUUGCACCAAUGCUAUAGCCUGGUCAGAGGAUAAUUUGUUAGCCGUGGCUUCUGGUCAUCUUGUUACCAUUAUGAACCCUGCAAGCCCUUUUGGAGCUCGUGGAGUUGUUACAGUUCCCACCAGCAAGCCCUUUCAAAUUGGACUGAUUGACAAAAAGGAAUUGAUCUCUGGCUGUUUGUUACCUACUUUUAUAUCACGAGACAUCCGUUCUUCUGUUAGAUCAAUUUCAUGGUCUCCUAUUGGAUUUGCUUCGAAUGCCAGUUGUUUGCUUGCCAUAUGCACCACCGAGGGACGUGUGAAGGUUUACCGCAUGCCAUUCUGUGAGUUUAAAGUUGAGUGGAUAGAGGUAACGGACAUAUCUGAGAUGCUCUACACUUAUCUUGGAAAUGUCAAUUUCAAUGUGUCAAACGUGUCUUCCGAAGUUUCAGAUACAAAUUGUUCCCUCAAUGACGUAGCAUUUGAAGAAGACAUGCCGAUAUGUCACUUUAUGAAAGCAAAGAAGAAAAGGAAACUGAACGCCUUGACUGUAGUAAACAUCAAGGAUGGCGUGAGAAAAGGAAAUAUGUCAUGUCUAUCUGCUGAAGAAUAUGCUUCUCGUAAUGCAAUGAUAUCUUCACUAACUGUUGCUUGGUCACCCAAUCUAAAAUGGACAAGUUGUUUUUCAGUGCUUGCAGUGGGAGGCAAAUCCGGUAGACUCUCAUUUUGGAGAUUUCAUAAACCACAAUGUUACUCCACGCGGAGUAGUACCGACUCAAAAUCUGCAUCACUUAUGGGCUUCCUUCAAGCUCAUGGCGCUUGGAUAACAGCAAUAACAUGGGCUUUGUUUGAGUCAAAUUCUUCCAAUCCUCAAGUUAUGCUUUGCACUGGGAGUUCUCAUGGGAGUGUGAAGCUUUGGCGAGCAUACAAUAGAGAACUUGAGGAAUCAUCCAACACUAAUCAUGUUUCUUUCUUUCUGUUAAAAGAGGUAACAAUGGUAAAUUAUGAAUCGAUCUCUAUCCUUUCUGUCAUAGUGCCUUCAGAUUCAUCAGGCAAAAUUUGUUUAGCAAUUGGGAGAGGAUCGGGAUCAAUUGAUGUGUGGAUUUCUGAGAUGCCCAACAACACAUUCAAGUCAGUUGGCUCUUACAAUGGACAUGAUCAUAUUGUCACGGGCCUGGCUUGGGCUUUUGAUGGACGCUGCCUGUACAGUUGCAGCCAGGAUAACACACUUUGCAGCUGGGUGUUGAGAGGAAAUGUGCUACAGCAGGUUUCGUUUCCCACAAACACCCCUGGAACAAGGAGCUCUGUUGAUGUGCCAACUGCUUUUGAUUCAUGUUGCGGUCUUGCAGUGUCUCCGGGGAAUCUUGUACUUGCUGUGGUACAUGGCUACGAUACUGAACUAUUAAAUCCAAUGUAUGAGUCAAGGUCUUGCAAAGCUGCAGUAGAUUUCCUGUGGAUCGGAGGGCAGCAUCUGGAUGUGAUCUCUGAUACGUUUCUAGAUUUGGAUGCCCAAUCUUUUCCUAGUUCCUCCGAGAGAGAAUUGUCUUGUUGGGACAGUAAUAUAUUAUGGUCACUACAUCAAUAUGAUCACCAUCAUCAUCAUCAUAGGCCAUUGAUCAUAUGGGACAUUAUAGCAGCACUUUUGGCCUUCAAGCAGUUGAAUCCAAAAUAUGUACAACGCAUACUAUUAAAAUGGCUGUCAUCGAUAGUCGGUGGACCCCAGUGUGACAUCUCUAAUAUCUUGUCCAAGUCCCUUUCCCAGUACCUCUCUAGAAUUGCGUCCCGAACGCUGCAACUCCUCAACAUCAUCACCAGACAGGUAGUGUUGAAGAAGGUGGAUGACUAUUAUGCCCUUGAAGGUGAGGAGCAUCGUGACUGGUGGAAGCAGCUGCACAUAGAUGCUGAAAAGGAAUUAAGGGACCGGGUUGUAGGAUUUAACCUUUCUGUUGUUUCAAGUUGUGUGUCUAAUUCUGGGGGCGAGGAUACCGGUUGCAGAAUCGGACAUUGGAUUCCCGUUGGGUCGGCGCAGAUGGAGAAAUGGGUUGAGCUUAACAAUGCUGAUAUGAAAGAGCAACUUAAACUCCUCGCAGAAAAAGUUAAAAGAAUCAAGAAAAGAUCCAGAAAAGGUUUUAUACUGGAGACCCAAAGAACAGACUCCAUCUGGGAAUCCACAGCAGAUGAGGAAUGCAGCUUCUGCACUGCAUCAGUUCCAUUCGACACCCCAGAAUUUGGUUUUUGUGUGGGAGAGAAGAACAGCGAUGCAGGGGGGGCCGUGGGGCCCAGACACAAAGUAACUCGGUGCACUGUUUCAAUGCGGGUGUGCCCUCCAACUACCCCUCCAUGGCAUUGUGUGUGUUGCAAGCGUUGGACAUCACAGCUGGCACCUUCUGCCCUCUUCGCCUUACCUGAAUAUCCCAGCGAUUUUGAAUCUUUAGUCCAGCAGCAGCUUCAUUCUUCUUCUUCUUCUUCUUCUUCUUCUGGUUCUGGUGCACAUGAUCAACCAGUUAAACCUUUGUGCCCUUUCUGUGGGAUUCUUCUGCAGAGACUGCAACCAGAGUUCCUCCUCUCUCCAUCUCCAAUAUAGCUACAAACGUGAUUCAAAUAUUUGCAUGUAACCUCUUUUUUUUUUCUUUCCAAAUAUUGUAGUAAUAUUCUUGCCAUGUAUUUAUAAUUUUGUGCUUGUUUUGAGCUACCUAACAUAUUUCUCUUACCCUCACGCGCCUAUUUAAAAUUUUCAUUGACUUUGUGGCUUGUGAUUUGUGGUAGACUAUCCACGAAAAGAAAGCUUGACUUUCAUU